UCGUUAAGAUGGAGGGUUCUGCCAGGAAAACGCUGACAAAAACUACAACCACUCAAUUUGAAGUACUGGUAAAAGAAAUGGAGAGAAAUCCUGACCUGGCCAGAGGUGUUGCAGUGUUUGGAUCUGAUCGAGGAAGGGUAGAGGAGCGGUGGGAGGAAAUUAUGAGGAAAAUUAAUUCUCAUGGUCCUCCUACAAGAACGGCCGUCGAAUGGAAGAAAAUAUGGGCUGACUUGAAAAGCCGGACAAAAAAGAAGAUUGCCGAAAACACACCAAGCCUUAAUGCUACCGGUGGUGGCCCAUUCCGUCACUCUCCGCUUUCCGAAAUGGAGCAGGCCAUAGACAGCCUGGUUUUAUAUUUAUACAAAUUUAAGUGA